CCAAGAACCAACCCCUUUUGCAACCCCAAGUUGGUUGGUAAUCAAUCUACGGGACAGUAUCCACUUCCCCCACUUUCCGCUCGUUGACACGAUCGAUGUCGAUGCUUCUGCGGGUGCCAACUCAUCGUCGCUGCUCAAGCCCAGCUUCCUUUUUGACCGUUGUUCUGCUGUACUGCUUCUUCUAUUUGUCGCACGAAAUCUUCUCAGUUUUCUUUGGAAAGAGGAAGGCGCUAGCUAGAGAACCGACAUCUCCGGAUACAUUCUUUCAUUAGUCACCAUGAAGAACGCUGUCAUCGCUACCCUCCUUUCCCUCUUCUUGGUCUUGAGCCUCUCCUCGGCCGCGGAUGUGGCUGAAUUGCGUCGCCUCCGUGCCCUGGGAUGGCACAAUGGAGGUAACGGCGGCGGCGGUCAUCACGGCAAUGGGCACCACGGUGGAGAUAAUGGACGUGAUCAUCCCAACAAGUACAACAACAACAUGGGGAACCCCGUUCCUGCUCCUUUGGACUCUGCCGUCGGCGCUGAAGCCGUCGGCGUUGGAGAAACGCUGGGAAUUGAAUCUGCCGCAGACCCAGUCCCCGCUCCAGCUCCCUUGGAGUCAUCCGCUCAGGCACAAGCUUUGGAGUCUAGCGAGAGCACCUAUUCCUGUAACAUGUCCAAGGGAGCCAUUAUUGCCGUAGGUGUUGUGUGUGGUAUCAUUCUUUUGGUCGGUUUCUUCUGCGCGUUCUUCUCUGGCCGUGAUGGUACCACUCAGCAGAGCUCCAAGAGCGCCAUGGCCGCCACCAAGAGUGUCGCGGUGCCCACCAAGGAACAACCGGAUGAAAUUUCUUUGGAAGAUAUGACGGCUGCUUCCGAGCCGUCCGAGGCCUAA